CUCUUCUGAGAAUGUUGAUAAUUCUGACAUUAAUAAGGAAAUAGAUUCUGAUAUAUCUGAAAGUGAAAGUGCUGAAGGUAUUAUAUUGCAGUUGACAUUAAUCAAAAUAAAAACUUCAGAAAAUUUAAGCUGGUUGAUAAUUUACAAACGACAACAUGAAAAAAAAUCAGCUAGUUCAAAAUUGUGGAAUAAUGAAAAUGGAUGUAAAAAAAUGGACGUCCAAGUUGAAUAUAAUAGUUGGGAUCCAUAUUUAGAACGUGUUGUAUACAUACUAAAAGAUUAUAAAUUUUGA